UGUCGCGGUAAAUUUGAACUUCUUGUAGACGGAAAGAAAAACCAGGCAAUUUAGAAAGCUUAAUUUUUAUUUAUUUAUUUUAUAGAGUAAAACGUUUAGAUGAAAUGGACGACUUAUUAAAAAAGAGUCAGAAGAAUGCCAACAUUUAUCGUGAUACUUUGGAGCGAAUAAUUCUUAAGUUUUCCAGUCUACAUGACAAUGAAACUGAGGUGAACCUGGAAAACAUGACAACUCACGAGGUGAGCAAACACAUGGCCAGGUCAGAGUUGGAAAUGUUGAAGCUGGAAUCAUCAAAGAGUGAUGCAGAGCUGUCCCUAGGAGAUAUUUCUGAAAUAGUAAAGCCACAGGACACCACUGCAGAUUUCAGGAUGGACGUUUCCUACCAUCAGGAUGAUUCCAUCAAUGAUCCUUCAGAUGUGGGUUCUGUAGAUGGGACUGCUGUCACUGCCCACAGUGAAGAAAAUGUCCACUGUGUGAAUAGUACCAAGCUAAUUGUGGGUAGUAGUCUGUGGUGGACACCAGAGGAGCAGGAUGAGGAACUGGAGCGCUCUCUGUGCAGUCAACGUAGCAUUCUACCGGAGCUGUAUCCCAGAAUGCUCAGCCAGAUACGAGAGGCCUGGCGGCGCCAACAUGUGUCCGAUGUGGCUGUAGGGGUGCUCAGGAGGUACAACAAGCUCAGAAGGUUCUCCAGUAAAAAACAAGAGAACCGCACCUUUAACAGAAGCCUGACACCAGCUCUGAGAAAGAGUGUCCUUAACUGUAGCCAACCAUCCAUCCUCCAAACAUCUUGGAACCACACGCUGAAUCAAAGUGCAGCAAGCCAAAACGCUUCUCUUCUGCAGACUAAGGUCAAACUCCAGGAGUGCCCAGUUGAGAGGUUGUCCCUUACGAAGAAGAAUCAUUCAAGGAACAGACAACCGCCCAGACCCGUUCAAGUGAUCGACUUCUCUCAUUCCCCCUCUGCAGACUCGAGUCCUGCCUCUUCCCCUCUCUCCACUGCCCCCUCCUCCCCACAGGAGAGCCCUAAGGUAGAGGGAGACCACCUGAACCAAACCUUCACAGUGUCCAUCCCCUCUUCCCCAUCGUCGACCACCCAUGUGUUCAGUCCUGUUAGGUCUGAGCGUCCUUCCAUGGCAGGAGGGUUUACGAGCCCACCUCAAAGGAAAGGCCUCUCUACAAUCUUCCGGCAGAGGGUUUUCCCAGCAGGACGCUCUGGGGAAACUGAUGACGUGUUUUCCAGCACGGAGAUGUCUGUCUACAAAGCAGCACAUAGUCCCCACAGAGCCAGACAGCCAAGCUCAGGCGGCCAAUGGGCGGCGUAUCCUAACGCUAACAUGCCCAGAAGCCCCAAAUUGGGCAUCGCUAGGUCUCACGAGAGAAACAUGUCCACGGUGCCCAGAUCGUCCCCAUCUUCAAUGUGGAAGCCUCAUCUGUCACCUAGGAAGCGCUCCCUGAGUUCCCACAGCCCCUCCCAGCUGAUACACAACGUAUCUCCAUCCUCCCUGCAGGAGCGCACACUGCCAGAUCCUAAGCGUUGGCUAAGCUAUUCCCUGGAUUCAGUCUCUCCAUCCAUUCAUCUCAGGCAACACUCAAAGCAGAUAGACAAGGACUUCAAGAAGCUCUACCACAAGUUUGUCUGUCAGGCCAAAUCCUGCCCCUCCUGUUGCGUGUGUGAAAGGCUAUCAGAGAGCAGCAGAAGCUCAUCCUUUCUGUCGCUGUCGGCCCUGGCCCUGUCCCCUCACCACUCGGCUAUGAGAAAGCGUCGCAGGGAAGUGAACUGGGUACAGUCCCCCGAGUCCAAACGCUUCAGGGAGAGUGACUGUGUGUACUCGCCGGGGUCCCAGCGCCAGCGAAGAGAAAUGCUCAGGGCCCACAAUCACUUCGACCACCGUUGGUCAUCCACUGUUCUAUCCUCCAUCCAGAGGAACGUCUCUCACUCCAGUAUGCCCACCCUGAUUCAAUCAGACUACAGCCCCCAACACCGGUCAUCAGGUUCCAUGGUCAGGAAAGCCACAGGCUGUACAUCCGGCUUGAAUAUUGACCAACACUCUCCAGCUUGGAGAGAGAAAUACAACCGAUUUGUUGGAAUUCAAGGAAAGUCACCUGUUAAAACAGAGUGCCAAAGUGGCUGUUCACCCAGGUUUUCUAGGAGACAGCUGAUGUAUAAAUGAUGUCAACCCAGAGAAACCGGUUCUGUACCUCUGGUGGUUCAAGUGCCAUUUACACAAUUGUUUUGAAGUAUGUUGCCAAUGCCUUAAUGUUUUAAAAAAUUUAUUUUUCUGUACCCAUUGUUAUUUUUAUACUGUCUAAGUGUCAAACUGAAUACUGUCAAUGUAAUAAACUAGUAGCAUAUUUCUUCCAAAAACAAAUUUCACCUAAAAUCUUUUAAGAGGAAACAUUCCUCUUGUUUUUUACAUAA